UCGAGUCCCUGGGCGCCUGGUUGAGGCGCUGGGCGCCCCUCCCCCCUCCCUGCCCGCCUGCCCCCUUUGACGGAAGGAUGCCCCGGGCGCGCGCUGUGUCCACUCGAGCCUCUCGGCGCUCGCCUCCCCGCGCCUGUCUCCUGGCAGAGGGACCGGAAGUGGCUCGGGGAGGGAAGGGGAGGGGGGCUCGCUCCCUCCUCCUCAGGUGAAGACGCUGUGGAUGGAGCCGCCGCCGAAGACGCCGCCGCUUCGGAGCCAUUGAGCCCCCUCCAGAGGCUGGGCCGGGCGGGGGGGCCCUCCCUCCCCAACGCGGCCUGGAGCCCCUUCGGCUCAGGUGAGGGCCGCCCCACGGGGGCUCGGAGGGGACAACAAGCGCUCGCCGGGCGCGCGGAGGGACCAAAAGCAGGGUGUCCUAAAGAUGGAUAUAGAGGACUGCAAUGGACGCUCUUACAUAUCUGGAAUCUCUUCUUCCUGGAAGGUGAGUGGCUGAGUUCACCCUACUGCCGAGAUGCAGCCACACACACUCACAGUCUGUAUGCCAGCGCUGUUUCCAAGGAGUUGGCUGUGAUAACACUCCAGGGUAUCGUCAGCAAGGUAGAAUAAUGUAGUGGAGAUUCCUCUUUGGAAAAGGAGUUCACCUCCACCAUUGUGGGGCCAACAGUGAGCACACCAAACAGCCAACACUCCUCCCCAAGCCGCUCCCUUAGUGCAAAUUCUAUCAAGGUGGAAAUGUACAGUGAUGAAGAAUCAAGCCGGCUGCUGUCACAUGAUGACCGCCUCCUUGAUAAAGAUGACAGCGUGAUUGUGGAGGAUUCUCUCUCAGAGCCCCUUGGCUAUUGUGAUGGUUCAGGGCAAGAACCACAUUCCCCUGGAGGCAUCCGUCUGCCCAAUGGCAAAUUAAAAUGUGAUAUCUGUGGGAUGGUGUGCAUUGGUCCAAAUGUACUUAUGGUACACAAGCGCAGUCAUACUGGUGAGAGGCCGUUCCAUUGCAAUCAGUGUGGUGCCUCCUUCACCCAAAAGGGCAACCUCCUGCGCCACAUCAAACUACAUUCAGGCGAGAAGCCCUUCAAAUGUCCCUUCUGCAAUUAUGCCUGCCGGAGGCGAGAUGCACUCACAGGCCACCUCCGCACACACUCAGUCUCCUCCCCCACGGUUGGCAAGCCCUACAAAUGUAACUAUUGUGGCCGUAGCUACAAGCAGCAAACCACGCUGGAAGAGCACAAGGAACGCUGUCACAACUACCUGCAGAGUCUUAACACUGAACCACAGUCGCUGGCUGGCCAGCAAGGUGACGAGAUGCGAGACUUGGAAAUAGUGCCGGACUCCAUGCUUCACUCCUCAGCCGACCGGCCAACCUUCAUUGACCGACUGGCAAACAGCAUCACCAAACGAAAACGCUCCACACCUCAGAAAUUUGUGGGAGAGAAGCAGAUGAGGUUUGGCCUCUCCGACAUGGCAUUUGAUGUCAGCUCUGGCUUUGAGAAGGACGUGGAGUUGGUGGCUGCUCACCAUCCCCUAGAUGCCAGCUUUGGCAGUUCACUGUCCUUUGUGGGAGCAGAACACUUGCGCCCCCUCAGACUUCCACCCACAAACUGCAUCUCUGAGAUCACACCUGUCAUCAGUUCUGUCUACACUCAAAUCCAGCCUCUCCCAGGCAGGCUGGAAAUAGCAGGAAGCCGGGAAGCUGCUGAAGGCCACGAAGACCUUCCUGAUGGGAUGCAGAUUGUGUACCGGGCAUCGCGGGAGCCCAGUAUGGUAUCGCCUAGCAACGGUUGCCAGGAUUCCACGGAUACAGAGAGCAUCCACGAGGAAAGGGGCUCCCACGGGCCGCUGCUGUCCAGCAUUGGGAACUGCACCAGCAGCCGGCAGAGUCCGGCCUACGCCAAAGAGGACCCGAAACUGCAAGAGGGCAUCAUCCCCACCACUACUCGGUCAACUCCCAGCUCAGCCAAAGAAGCCCUGCGCGUGGUGAACGAUGAAGGGGAACAGGUAAAAGCCUUCAAAUGCGAGCACUGCCGGAUCUUGUUCCUGGACCAUGUCAUGUUCACUAUCCAUAUGGGUUGCCACGGCUUCAGAGACCCUUUUGAAUGCAACAUCUGUGGCUAUCACAGCCAAGACCGGUACGAGUUCUCCUCCCACAUAGUGCGAGGGGAACAUAAAGUAGGCUAGUCCUCAGCACUCUCCCCUCUUGUCCCCCCCCUCCCCGUCUCUAGUGCUCCACCCGAGUCGGACAUGAUGGAACUGUUCAUUUCUUUUGUACUCCUUUGCACUGACUUUGGCAAAAAAGAGAAAUAUUUAAAAAAAUCCCUAACUUUUAAAAAUCCAACACACUUGAGAUGGGGAGGAGCUCAUAACAUUUUGCCUUUUUUCUAUAUUGUGUUAUUUAAAUAAUGUUAGUUGAAUUUUAAAUUCCUUUGUGUUUUUUUCUCUUAGUUGACGUUAUUUAUUAAUCUUUAUUUCUCUCUUUAUUUUGUUGGUAAGCUUUUUCUUUCAGUCAUUUUGCUAGGGCCUUUCUCCGUUGAGGAACACACAAAUUGCUGAUAUACAUUAGCAAUAUACUUGUGUUUUUAAGGUCCAAGUCUUUCCAUUUAAAGUUUUUUUUGGAGUGGGUGGGGGUGGGUGGACGGGUUGUUUCAUUUCAAGUAUUUCUGUCAUGUCACCAUGUUAGAUAUUAAGAACCUCAGAUCAGGUGCUAAAAUAUUAUAGAACUUCCCCGUUCAAGGGGCUAGGAAAGCCACGACUUGAGUUAUGCUGAGAUGGUGAUGUUAGGACGACCUGCACAUGCCCUCUUUUAUGGGUUUCUUUGAAAUGGAGCAGAGAAGGAUGUCCUUUUAGGAACUCUGUGGUUCCAAAAACUCAAUACCUCUGUGCUUCUGCUUACAACAGCUUUGAAUUUAAAUAUGCUGCUUCCCCUAUUAGAGCCCAGAUAGGGGUGGCACAUAGGCUGCAUCUGGUGAAGGGGCUACAGUACCACUUGUUUGAAGGAAGGUGGUAAGCACUUUUUGCAAUGUACAUGAAGUUUGCCAGGAUGCUGCCUUUAGAGAUUCAACUGAGAAUCUGCAUGAGGAAAGCCAAGGCUGUUUCCAAUGAAAGAACCUUAGCAGUGAUGAAGGCUGCAUUCUGCUUCCCAACUCUUUUAAAUUUGGGGCUGUCCCUGUCAGUUAGCCUGACCCUAGUUCCAGAAGUUGGUUGUUUUGAGCUAACUUCCUCUGAGCUUCCUUUUCUUAGCUCUUCAAGAGCCUGUUUGCUUGGAGGCUUUAGAAGACAGAAGCCUCAACCCUUUGUUGAGUGUACAACCUUGAAUAAAGAACGGUGGCCCUAUUGGCUAGAACAGGAUUCCUAGGAGACCAAAGAGAUGCUAGCGAGAGUCUAUAUAGAGUCAGCCAAGCAACCUCUCUUGCAGCUACUAGAGGCCAGGGAGCUCAAUCCCUGUCCCUUCCUCUUUCUUGUCCAGUGCCUAAUUUUUGCCUUUCCAGUCAGUCUCCCGGGAAUCUGUCCCCACUGAGCAACGUGGGCUAUAGUUACUUAAGCUUCCCCAGAAGGCAUGGCUGUCUUUGUUUCCACAGAUCAGUCCUAAGCCUUACAGAUCUGUGCUCAGAAAGCAUGCACUUUGUGGACUCCUCAACAAUAGUGGACAGCCCUUGUCAUGUAGUGGAAAGUCUGUGUCCUGUAUUUCAUUGGAAUAGCACAUGCUGCUCCUUCACAAGCUAAAGGGGGCAUGUGCUUUGCAGUGUCACCUUGUUUCUCUUCAAAAGAGACCUCUGCCCCAGAUCAGAGUCACAAGUUGCUUUUAGGCUGAUCAGUUGUGAUGGUAUAGGGAGGAAACUGUAGAAAAACUGCCAGCAAAAUCCAUCUGCCCAAAAUCUACAUGGUGACAAAAUCUCCGAGUUUUCUCUUAGGUACAUGGCUAAUGGCGCCAGAGGGAGGCGUUUGUUUUCUGUGUUGCGGGUCCUCCAGGAAGUCCUUGCUAUUUGUACUUUAGUGUCUUAAAGCCUCGAUCACCGUGAAGGGCUGAAGCCUCCAUUCUGUAGCUUGGCGAACGAUUGCUGCUAUUAGCAGAUGGUAGGCAAAGGUUGUGAUUUCACUUGCUGGGAGUAUGUAGUCAUUACUACCAAUCCAUGUAGAAAUCCUGUUGGACUCUUGUUCUUAAGCGUGUAAUGGCCAAACUAGAGGGCUAUGAGCUCAGGCAAAAUGGGAGCUUACCUUCCUCCACCACGUGGCCCUCCAUCUUAGCAUCUCCAUCUGCUAGAAGGACCUUUCCUUUCCUGAAACUGCCUCUGUGCUGGGCAGAGGAUGUGGCAAGUGGAAGAAGGUUCAUGGUUUUCAGUAGAUGCCCAUCAUGCAUAAAAAUAACUUGACUAACAGCAGCCCAACUAACUGCUUCCUUGUGGGAUAAACCAAAGGCUGUUCUUUUUCUGUUUAAAAAAAACAACCUCAAGUUGCAAUGUUUUGCUUGUAUCCUCUUCCCUGCCUUUUGCUUUCUGAAACUGAUGUUUCUGGGCUAUUUUUUGUUUUGUUUUGGUGGGUUUCUUUGUUUGAAAGGCCGGACAGACUUGCUUAAACUGGAAAGGCCUUGCCAGAUGGGAUGUAUUGUGAGAUGGGUUGUGAAGGAGAAGCUUUCCUUUGAACAGAUGUACUCCACUGUCCUGCCUUUUCCAUUUCAUAAAAGGUCUUAACGUUUCUGGUUCAGAGUCAUUUCUCCUCUUCUGUUCUUUCACUUGGGUUCAGCGUAUGAAUGAUAUUCUAUAGGCUCUGAAGGCAUUUUGAGCUGGUCCCAGAAAUGUAUAUUCUGUCUUUAGCAGACAGGGUGGCGAUGGGCUAUAAAAUUCCUUGUCAUUCUGAUGCAUUUCAUUAUAUAUGCAUUGUGCAAUACAAAUUAAAAUAUAUUGGGAGACAUUGCCAAAUUGCUACGGUCCCAUUCUCAGAUGAGGAUGUAUCGUUGUCACCUCUUGGAAUUCCCUUGACCCCGUGAUCAUUUUUAAGCACUCAAAUCUCCUAUUGAUGUACAUUGAAAGUAUUUAGCACUUUGGUGUGAUUAUUAAUUUUGAUUUCAGUCACAUGACAUAAUUUCCGCCCACAAUAAUUCCCAUGAUUUGGAUCCUCAUUGCAGUGUGUUAUGUAGAUAAAACUGCUCCAUGGUGGUUUUUGGGGUGGCAGCUUUAUUACAGGAAAGAUCAUAGGGCCCCUGCCUUGUGACUGAAAAAAGGUGUUAUGAACCAGCCCUUAGACCUUGUAUUCUUGAAUGUUUUGAUUUCACAUUACUCGAAAAGUUAGAAUUUCCCUGCUGCAGACAUAAAUGUUUUCAUCAGAUCAACAUCCAUAGUUUGAUACGAUAACUGUGUUGAAUGAAUGAACUGGUGUUCCUCAAGAUGUUCUGUUUGUGCCCAAAGUAAUCUGGGGAUGUGUACCUUGAAGUUGUUUCUCAUUUACUUUCAAAACCCACAGGUGAGCUCUUGAGAAAAGACCUGUAAAAGCAGGAUUUCAGAAACCUAAUGGAUGUUUGUGUGAUUUAAUAACUGAUUUCCAGCGUGAAACAUUUGCUGCUCAUGUAAUGAUUAUUCUGGCCCCUUUUAUAAGUAUGAAGAGAAAUCUAAUGCAGAAUUGGCGCUCAGCAUAUUUUUUCCCAGGGACAAUCUAAUGGACCAAGAUUUUAGUUUCUUCUUGGGUCUUACUUGUAGGAGUUUCCCUAGAAAAAUUACCUGAUUUAUUCUAGCAGUGUAGCCUUUCUGUAUAAGUGCAUUUGAAGAAAGACUUGAAGUGUUUGUCAUGAGCAUCUAAUACAGCAGUGAAAUUAUGUUUCUGAGAAUUGUUUGCACAUCCUCAAAUCCAGGCAGGCCUGUGUUUGUGAGACUCAUGAGAGUAGCGACCCUUAAGCUCAGCCGUGUGCAUGUGGGGUUUCCCCUUCAGUGUGGAUCUAGGCCUAGUAGAGAAUGCCAUAGUUACUCACCUGUUUUGUUGAUGGAAUUUAUGUCCCUGUAGAAGCUGAUAGGCCGCAUGUUCCUUAAGGUACAUGAUGAAGGUUUCUGGGCCUCCUCUGAUUCUGACUCACAAGCAGGAUUGCACUGUACCUUUUAAGGUCUCUGUUUUAUUCAUAUAAAGCUCAUGUAUUUUAUUGGAAAACAUUAUUUUGUCCGUAAAACCAAAGCAAAUGAAAAAUUGGGCUGGUCUGUAUUCCUCCAUCCAAUUCCCCUAAAAUGUCUAGUCUUGAAUUGAAAGGAUGCAAUUUUCUUCCAGAUCUGUGUUCAUGUAGCUAAUUUUUAAGCAGAAUUUGGAACUAAAGCAGAGUGCAUUUGACCCUGUUUUCUUUCUGAGUUUCAAAAGACAAAAUUAUGAAAAAAUGUAUUGGGUUUCUUUCACCAAUGCAAAGAUUAGUAAUCGCAUCAAAACUGUGUAAAAUGUAAACAGACCGGUUGAUCAGAUGUGGUUGCCAUCUUGCUGUCUUUGUCAAGAUUUGAUGGCGUAUAGAAACACCCUGAUGUAUAAUAAAAUGAAGGAAAUAUAGUUGUGAAGUUUUUGUUGUUACAUUUUCCCCAGUUUUUUUAGUUGAAAUUAUGAAACUCACACACAUACAUGUACCACUUAAUAGGAGAAUUAGCUUUCAUAGUUGAAUACUAACUUCUUGAAAGCCAAAGAUGGCUCUUGGGUGCUUGGCUUCAAUAGACGGCCACAUUGAUAAAUUAAAGCACCUGAAGUGUCAUUUUUACUGUUCUUUGUUUUUUUUAAAAAAGAAGUCCCUUUGUGCCUCCAAAGCUCAUAUUCAGAUUUUUCCUGCUUCCUGUUUGUAGUGGGAACAGACCCAAACUCUGCAGUAAUCUUUAUUCAUGUGUUUUUAUUGGAAAUACUCAGUAGUUCUAGAAGUACAAGAAGGUGUCUCUGACAUCGUUGUUGAACACUAUUUACUGCACUGUGGAAUGGUACGAAUCUCUCUGAACCCAGCUUCUGUGAUGAAUCAGGAAGCAAGAAUCCUGUUGUGGACGUCACUUCUUACCUCCUGCCUCUUCCCUUUUGUGAAAAUGAAAACAGGUUUGUUUUUAGAGAAACUUAAGCUCUGAGAUUUCUAAGAAACCAGUGUUCCUUUUAUUUUUGCUCUCACCUGUACGAAAAGUCUAAAAAACAAAUGUAGGAAUUUUGUAAAACUCCAGGUCUCUUUAACUUGUGUAAAUAUAUAUAUUUUUUAACCAGAUGUAUGAAGAACAAAAAGAUGUGCAAUAUCCCCAGCCCGCUAUACUAUUCUUCUCUUCUUUCUAACAAGCUUUCAUUUGUAUAUUGUUACUGGGUUUGCUGGUGUCAUGCUCUUUUCUCCCUCUUUUUUUGUGGGGUUAUACUUGCUUUUAAAUAAAAGAAAAACCUCUUACUGCAAAAGCUUUUUGUAUCUGUAAUAUAUUGUAAGUACAUAUUUGUGUAAUGGAGAUUAUACUACUGUUAAGUUUUGUACUGUACUGGCUGAAGGUCUGUUAUAAAUAAACAUGAGUAAUUUAA